AUGAGCUCCAAACCAAACCCCUCGGACCCAUCCGAGACGAUGGUCAUCCGCAAACUCAAUGACAACAUCGUCACCUGCUCGGUUCCGUUUUUGCGGUUUGGCCACAUCAAGUUCGGGGGUCGGGGCACUAUCGUCAAGAUGCAAUCGGGAGCUCUCGCCGUCUUCUCACCGACUGCUUUGACCCCGGAGGUCAAGGAGAUGGUCGACUCCAUGGGCGAAGUCAAGUACAUCACCGCCCUGGAUAUCGAGCACCACAUCUUCCUCGGCCCAUGGAACCGGGCCUAUCCCCAGGCGAAGGUCCUCUGUCCUGAAGGUCUUCCUGGGAAGCGCGCGAAGCAGAAGAACGACGACGUCCCUUUCUCUGUUGUCUUUCGAGCGGUAGACAAGGAAUCGAUCACCGUCGAUCCCGAAUUCGACGCUGAGUUCGAAUUCGAAUUCGUGCACUCACACGCCAACAAAGAGAUCGUGUUCAACUGGAAGCCCGGCAAGACCCUCAUCGAGGCGGACCUCCUGUUCAACCUUCCUGCCACCGAACAGUUCAGCAAGACCGGACAAUCGCCCACCAGCGGCAUCCUCACCAAGUUGUUCACUACUCUAGGCCACACGUCCGGCGCGGCCAAGGGGCAGCAGCGGAUCGUCUGGCACGCCAUGAGCGCGGGCGAUCGGCCGGGAUUCGCGAAGAGCAUGGCGAAGAUCAACGCGUGGGAUUUCGACCGCAUCAUCCCUUGCCAUGGCGACGUGAUCGAGACGGACGGGAAGGGGAUCUUUCAGAAGAUCAUGGCGUGGCACCUCCAGGGGAAGAAGGUCUGA